ACUAGACCAUGGGACCUAUGGUGAUGAGUUCUCCCUCAAAAUAUAGUUUCCAAAUGUUGUUCUGUCUUCAAAACCUCUGCCAUUUCUGUCACUCAGUGUGUCACUCAAACACCCAAAAACCCUGAUGAGAAGAAUAACCCUUUUGAGACCUCCUCCUUCCCUUCUCCCCGCAACAACCCUUCACUCUUUUACAACUCUCCUACCCUAUAACAAUGGCGGGUCUUCAUCAAAACAUCCAAAAAAGCGACCUACGCUGACUUUCACUUCAAAUUCUAGGUGGGUAUUCACAGACAGCAACUAUCUCCCUCCACCUGAAUGGAUAGAGCCCUUUAAUGACCUCUCUGAUAUCGCCUCAAAACCCCCUCAAGACCUUAAACCCUCUCCUUGGGUUCACCAAAUUAUGAGUCUUUUGUUAGAUGGCCCGGUGGACAUGGAAUCAAGAUUGGAUCUUUUUUGCAACAAGUUCUUGAUCAAGUUAUCGCCAAAUUUUGUGUCUUUUGUUUUGAAAUCUAUGGAACUUCAAAAAAGACCUGAUCUUGCUUUAAAGUUCUUUACUUGGGCCGGUAAGCAAAAGAAAUAUACUCAUAAUCUUCAAUGUUAUGUUUCUUCGAUUGAUGUUUUAGCUAUAAAUGGUGAUUUAGAUAAUGUAAAGUCAGUUUUUUGUAAGUUUAGAGGAAUGGGGUUUUUGAUGAAUGUUUCUGCUGCGAAUUCUUUGAUUAAGAGCUUCGGUAGUUUAGGGAUGGUAGAGGAGUUGUUGUGGGUGUGGCGUGGAAUGAAGGAAAAUGGGGUUGAACCAAGUUUAUUUACCUAUAAUUUUUUGCUUAAUGGUUUGGUUAAUUCAGUGUUUAUUGAAUCCGCUGAGCGUGUUCUUGAGGUCAUGGAGAACGGAAAAAUUGGACCUGAUGUUGUUACCUAUAAUACUAUGAUUAAAGGCUAUUGUCAGGUCGGGAAGACCCAAAAAGCAUUUGAGAAGUUUAGAGAUAUGGAGUUGAGAAAUGUGGCACCAGAUAAGAUUACGUAUAUGACUUUGAUUCAGGCGUGUUAUGCGGAGGGGGAUUUUGAUUUGUGUUUAAGUUUAUAUCAUGAAAUGGAUGAGAAUGGAUUGGAAAUUCCGCCUCAUGCUUAUAGUCUAGUUAUUGGGGGGCUUUGUAAGGAGGGGAAAUGUGUGGAAGGAUAUGCUGUUUUCGAGAAGAUGAUUCAGAAAGGAUGUAAAGUGAACGUGGCAAUAUAUACAGCCUUGAUUGACUCAAAUGCAAAAUGCGGUAACAUGGGAGAGGCAAUGUUGCUUUUUGAAAGGAUGAAAAAGGAAGGACUUGAACCAGAUGUGGUUACUUAUGGGGUCGUUGUUAAUUGUAUGUGUAAGAGUGGGAGGUUGGAUGAGGCUAUGGAGUAUUUGGAGUUUUGUAGAGUUAAUGGAGUGGCAGUUAAUGCCAUGUUAUAUUCUAGUCUUAUUGAUGGCCUUGGCAAGGCUGGGAGGGUGCACGAAGCUGAGAAACUUUUUGAAGAGAUGGUCAAGAAAGGAUGCCCACCAGAUUCAUAUUGCUAUAAUGCUCUUAUUGAUGCCCUUGCCAAAUGUGGUAAGACCGAUGAAGCAUUAGCAUUCUUUAAGAGAAUGGAGGAUGAAGGGUGCGAUCAGACUGUAUAUACAUACACCAUAAUGAUAAAUGGAUUGUUCAGAGAGCAUAAAAAUGAAGAGGCAUUGAAGAUGUGGGAUAUGAUGAUAGAUAAGGGUAUCACGCCAACUGCAGCUGCUUUUAGGGCUCUAUCUAUUGGUCUCUGUUUAUCAGGCAAGGUAGCCAGAGCUUGUAAACUUUUGGAUGAACUAGCACCAAUGGGUGUCAUUCCCGAGACAGCUUUCGAGGAUAUGCUCAAUGUGUUGUGCAAAGCAGGCCGUAUAAAAGAGGCCUGUAAGUUGGCUGAUGGCUUUGUUGACAGGGGCCGGGAAAUUCCAGGGAGAGUUCGCACUGUUUUAAUCAAUGCUUUGAGGAAAGCUGGCAAUGCAGAUUUGGCUUUGAAGUUGAUGCAUAGCAAGAUUGGGAUUGGGUAUGAUAGAAUGGGUAGUGUUAAGAGGCGAGUGAAAUUUCGGAUUCUUGUUGAAAGUUAAUUCGUCUGCCUUAUUUUUGCUUCUAUGCCUCUGGGCAGUUUGCUUUUGACCAUUAAUUGGAGGAUAGCGUGCCUGCAAUGACUCUGCAGUUCAUUCCUGUACAUAAUGCUAUUCACUUUAUGAAGAAGCUUUGCCACCAGAUCUUCUGUCCAAGUGACAUCUUUUGGAUAGCAUGUUCAAGAUGCAAAUGAACAGCUCUCAUUCUUUGGAGUGGAAGGAUUGAUGCCCAGCCAAAAAGAAACAAGGGAAAUAAUGAAGCUUUUACACUGCCGUCCUUAAAACUCAGCCCUACAAUUGUCUUCUUUGCAUCCAAGCGAUCCUUACUCUGAACUGACAAUAAUUCAAAGACCAAUAACCCUCCUUAUGUCAAGUCACCAUUCAGUUUAAUUUUGGUCCCUUGGAUGUUUCAUGCCCUCCUCACUUCUGCUGGUACUAUAACUCACCAUGCCUUGCUGGCACUCUUUAAAGCCAUGGCCUUCUUCUCUAUGUUCUUCAACUGUCAAGCUUUAUGUAAUGUCAUUAACACACUUCCAUCUACAAUAUAGUAUCCCAGUGUGAUUCCUUGAUAUCUCUUCCAAGUAGCGGAGAAAUCUUUUCUUUUCCUUUCCUUUUUUAUUUUUUUGCUGUUACUAAGUUUUCUCAAUUUGGAUAUUUUUAGGCGGUUAAAUCCAAUAAAAUAAAUGGAUUUCAUUUA